AUGUCCCUGCGGAAGCCGGGCGAUGGCGGCGGCGGCGGAAGCGCGAGGCGGGCGGGCUCCCCGGAGGAGGCUCGGGAGCUCCCGGAAUGCGCGCCGGGCGGGCGCCUGAUGCCGCUGCUGCCUUGGGACCGCUUCUCGGCCUGGCUGCACUGCGUGUGCGUGGUGGGCUUCGACCUGGAGCUCGGGCAGGCGGUGGAGGUGAGCGGGGAAGGGACGGGGAAGCCCGCCCGUCCUCCCACCAGGAGAGAUGCGGCGGGUUCUGCUGCAGGUGGGGAGGAGGGCAGGCAAAGGCGGGGCUGGCUCGUUUCCUUUGCCCGGGGGCUGACACGGGUCGUGGGAACGCCGCUCCCCAAGGAUGGAGUGGAGACCCUCCCGGCAUCUCCCCGGGGCGCUGCGGGUCGGUCGCCAGCUCUUGUGUUUUGCGCCAGGCUGUCUUUGUUGAUACAGCGGCUCUUAAUCGCUUUUUUGGAGCAUUAUUCAGGAUAAUAGUACUGCUGCUUCCCGAGAAGAGGGUGUCUCUAUUUUUUCCCCCGUUUGCUGGUCUUGCUCUGCGUAAUAACAGCAAAAGCAGACGCGUGUAAUGUGUUUUGAAAUGUGCGGAGUUUGGGCGGCUCUCCUUUUAUCAGCUGCUGUUGCUCUCAAGAGCCUCUAUUUUCCUUAUCCAAGAGGCUCCGUUGUUUGGAAAGCGGGAAAGGAGGCUGCUUCAUUAACGAAAGUGAUAGCAAAAGAAAUAAAAUAAAAAACAGCGCUCUUGUUACAAGUUCCUUCAAGAUUGGCUUGUUUGAGAAAAGUAGCUACUGUAUUCCGCCCAGAUUCCUUUCCCAAGUACCUUUUUAGUCCAAGAUUUGUUUUUCAUGUAUCAAAUGUAAUAUGGGACUGGAGGCAAAAUACAAGGUUAAUUGUGAUAUUUGGGUCUUAUAAUUUUCCUCAUCAGUUCUCCAGAAAACUCAGUCGUAAAAAUUAGAUAACUCUAAACCACCCUAACAGCUCUGUGAGGCAAGUUAAGCUUGGGAGACAUGGGGUGGACUUCAGCAUGUGCAAGCAUUGCAUCUUUCUGGAUGGAAUGAUCCCGGUGCCUUUUUUCUCAUGACCCAGUCAAUUUUGGGGCACACAGGAGGAAGAGAAAAGGGAGGCUGUGUUGUGCAAGUGAAAGUCCUUGGGCUUCCACUGAUGGGGUGCAUUAGGAGAAGGCAGCCGAGAGUGAUAAGCCCAAGGCUAUACUUCAUUGCUGAGGAUCAUUACACUGUGAGCUUCAUUGUAAAGGGCCACUACAGUACAGUUGUCACAGCAUCAUGGUAUAUUAGUGUUCGUUCAGUGAGCCUGGGAAGUGUAAAAGCCAUAUCUUAACUCAAGUGAGGGACAAGUCUGUUCUGCAGUAGUUUUUGUUGAAGUUCGGUUCAUAUCCAGUGCACAUAAGACACUGUCAUCUAUCUACAUGCACCCUGAUCUUCAGUUUUCAUUGGCCUUCACCAGUUUGGAUUAACUAAGGGGGUGAUUAUUUAACUGUUUAUAAUCCACACUUUCAUAAAAUAUAUCAAGGCAGCUUACAAUAAAAAAAAUAGAAUCAUAGAAUUGUAGAGUUGGAAGGGACCCUGAGGAUCAUCUAGUCCAACUCCCUGCAAUGCAGGACUAUGCAGCUGCCCCAUACAGGAAGGAAGCCUGCAACCUUGGUGGUAUCAGCGCAGCGCUGUAGCCAGGUGUGCUAUCCAGCUACAAUAAAGGCAGUCUACAAAUAUCCAUAAAACAUAAUGAAACGUAUCAGUAAAACAUCAGUAGAUACUGGCUGAUUAAAAAUAAAAAAAUCAUAUUCUGAAGGCUUGUCUAAAGAGUACAGUUGAUAGAAGACUUCUGAAAGAAGGUAGGGACGGAUCCUGCCACAUCUUUAGAGGUAAGGAGUGUCACAGGGCACAUAAAAGACUUAGUUCCUAUGUGUGAUUUGUGUUUUCUGAACUCCAAUCAUGUUAAGAUAUACAUAGUAGAUUACAGCUGGUCCCAAACUUUUUACUCUAGGGGGGGAAGUAUCCUGUAAAAUAACGGAUUCUAUAACUCUAAUGUAUUUGGAAUAGAUUAAGUAUGAUAAUCCAGUUUAACAAAAUUGUGCGUGUCUUAUGAUCAUAGACCACAGUCCCGAGUUCCACAUCUAUUCAUGUAGCAGCCCCGCCCCCCCGCCCGCCCGCCGCAAAAGAACCAAUUAACUUAGGGUAUUUUCAUUUGUUUAUUUUUUACCUCUUGCUAGCAGCGGCUGAAAGAGAAAGAACCUCCAGUUGUUUGUCUCCUCUUGAGAAAAUUAGCAUGCAAUGGUCAUUGGAGUGUUAAAUUUGAAUCUAGAAAACCCAAGAUGUGUAUUCCUGCCCAGCUAUGAAGCUCAAUAUUUAACCUUGAAACAAGUCUAUAAUAACAGCAAGAAAUGACAAAAAGAGUAGCUUUGUAGGUGGUGGACUAGAUUGGGUCCCUUCCAACUCUACAAUUCUAUAAUUCUAGUAGUAUUGUAUAUUUAAGAAAUCAUAAAUAACUAAAACGUGAUAACUGCAUAUAUAUCUCUCUGGCUCCUUGAAGGAAUAGGUGAUUCAAAUGAACUAAAUUAAUGCGUUUCACACGUCAGAAAUGUAAACCUGUGGCUGUAUUCAAAAGUAAGUUUUAGAUUCUUCAGACAUUUUAAAAAUGCACUAUGGCACUUUCCAUUUAAAUACUGAUAUCCUUUUAGAUCCUUCUGUAGAAUUGAAAGCUGACAAAUUCCAAAGCAAACACACUUUUAGCCUUAGCUAGCCUAUAUACAUCCGGCACAUUAUCUUGAACUCCUUAAAAUGAUAAUGUAUGGUAAGCAGAGUUGAGGAAGUGGAUGACCUCCCCCAACCACUGUGGGCAAUUUUGACAGGUGGGUGCAGCCACUAACCUGUCAGUUACCUGACAUCAGGUGAAGCUUUUUUCUUUGCCAGUGCUGUUUGAAAUCAAACCAUGUGGGCAAAAGGAACAAAUUUUGCACAUAUUCCUGAUCAGCUGAUGGUCAGUUCCUGCAAACUCUGCUUCCUUUGCCAUUGCACUUUAAAACCACAUUUCAUGGGCAAAGGCACAAUGGUUUGUAGGCACAGAGAGUCAGCUGAUCAGGAAUGGCUGCAAACCCUGCAAUCAUUAGGUCUAGGGCAGGUGAGUGUCUAGCUAGGCUCAUGGACUGGAAGUUCCCUAGAACUAAUGUUAACUAAUGAACAUCCAAAAGACAAAAUGCUUGCAAGCCAUUAUUCUGAUCGGUAAACUGAAAUCUUGUAAUGCAAUAUGGUCUUUUUGGUUCAGUUUAGAGUGACUGUCUUUGAAACUAUGGAGGUUUGGAAUGCACACAAUCUCUUUGAUGUUAAUCCCUUCCUCCAUUUCUAGGUUGGUCUAACUGUGAUAGCUGAAUCAGGCAAAAGGUUAAUGUUAACCUCCAAAAAAUUAUUUAUAACUAUUAUUUUAAAUCGGUUUACAAGGCAUUUGUAGGAUAGCACUAACCAUCGUUGCCUUCUUUCGAGAUCAUGGAGAGCUAUGGCUUGAGCAACUUGCAAAUUAAGGAGGGAAAUGGUAAGCGAGAGGGGAGUCUUUGGCACAUUCCUGAUCCCUAAUCUGCAGUUGAGCUAUAGCAUGUAUUAUCAGUUGAAAGUAUGCUAUAAUAUAAGAAAGAUAUAAAUGGAUAUAAGUGUAACAGGUUCAGCUCAUCUGCAUAGAGCUAUAAAUAGCUGGAAAGAGUUCUUUGUGUUCCAGGUAAUACCAUGUACCUUGGAAGGUAAGGCAUUGUGAUUUAUUAACAAAAAUGGAUGAUAUAAGCAGGAAUUAACAGGCCAAAAAUGUUUGCAGGGAGUUGCAUGGAGUUUGUUCCUGAUGUUCCCUGGAUAUCGUUGCUGCCUUUAUGUAAUGGAUUGGAUUUUGAACUUUCCAAAUGCUGUUUGCAGUGUAAAGUGAAGGGACUGGUCAAGAAAAAAAAAAUCUAUUGGAUGUAUGCAAACCCUUGCAAAGCUGCUGUGAAUAAACCUUGAAAUCUCUAGAUGGGGGCUACUGUCUAUAAGUGCAUACCCCACCAUUUAUAAGAAGAUGUGGUCACAGGUAUGCUAGUGCAUAUAACUUUGCACAAUUCGUAAUGCUGGUAGAUUGCACCAUCUUUUUGUCGACCAAUGCAAGUUUUAUCAUUUGCAGGUAAUACAUCCUCAACAUGCAAAACUUACAGAUAAAGAGGUGAGUAGAAGUUUUAAAAUACGUUUACGAUGGCGCUUUUCUCCUGCCAAAAUGUAACUUCUAUUUUUCUCCCCUAGAAAACCAAUAUUUGCUAUUUGUCUUUCCCAGAUUCCAAUUCAGGUAAUUAUUUAUUAGAUAUUCAUGCUGUACGCAUAUGAAAAAUGAAAUGCUUCUGUUAACUGUACUGUUAAUACCAUUGUCAUUCUAAUUAAUGUUCAGUUUUAUUAAGUGCAUGUGAUAGGAAAAAAACUAAACACUUAUUGUUUGUCCUACAUGGAGAAUUCAAAUCAAGGCUGGCAUAGCUGAGGGGUCUGCGUAUCUGGCCCUUCAGGGUAUCUGCAGGGCUUUGGGUCCUUGGAUUCAAAGUUGCUGUGGCACUACCCCAUUUCAGGACUUUCCACUAGCUGCCACCAGCAGCUGAACAGCCAGCGGUAGUUCUCUCAAUGACGGGGUAAAGCAGCCAUCAACAUCCUGGGGUGGGGUGGAAGGUUACCAUUGCACUGUAGAACUCUGUACCGCUGUUGGCAGGGGGGACGGGACUCCAAAAUUAAGCACUUUGAAGUCCCAUUGAUUUUAAACACUUGCUUAAAUGUCUGAAUGAAAUCAAUGGGACUUCAAAGUGCUUAACUUUGACUGGAUUACGUCCAGUAUGUAGAAGGAUUUGCAAGUGUUAAAGUGCUUUUGAGAUAUGAAUUAAUUAACGCAGUCUCAUGUAUAGGUAUCAAAUACAUGUUCAGCUCUGAUCUUUCUUUUUGUUAAAAAAAAGUAACAAAGUAAAUUCAAGCAAAAUAAAACAUUUCAAACUGGACGCCCCAUGGAUAGGAUUUGAAAAAAUAGCACUCAGUAGUGAACAGCAUUUUUUCCCUUUAUCACUUUGCAAUAGUCUGUGAUAUUUUCAGUGUGGUUGGUUUUGGGCAAUUCCAGACUCCCAUUGCAUAACUAGGUGCUUAUCUACAAGUACAUUACAGAAAGCCAGCAACUUACGCACAUUUCACUUGUGCACAUUCAGCUUUAUGGCAAUUUAAAAAAUGAGAAAAACUGGGAAGGGGGCAAGAUUCUGGGAAUAAUGACUUUGACAAUCCCACCUGCCAUUGCACUCAGUGUGUUUUGACUAUACAUGAUUUUGGCUUUAGGCGCGAUCUCCAGAACAUAAGCCCUGCGUAAGUUGGGGACUACUGUACAUGCUUUUCAUGUUGGAACAUCAAAAAGAAAUAAAUUCUUUUAAAUUAUGAGGUGGUUAAGUUUGGCUGUUUUAUUUAUUUGUUUUAAAAUGUUCAGCACCUAUAUUAUACUUGCUUUUUCUUUAUGAAAACAGGUAUCACCAACCUUAGUCAUAAUCUCAUUGUUGUUCAGAAUCAGCACUGUUGAUUCAGUUCUCACAUUUCUUUUUAUGUUUUUGGUUACAUAAUAUACGUAUGUCUGGAGGUUCCCUGGGUGUGGUGGUAGGACAUGGCAGAGCACGUUGAUGGCAAAAGAGUAUGGAUCUGGAAUUCCUAGGUAUGAGCAGAAAUGGGCCGUGAAUCUGGCGGAAACAUCUGCCUGUGCAUCAGCCUGCCUCCCCAUGCUGUGCUGCCUAAUGGACAACCAUUCCAACCAAUGUGUGCUUUCUAUUUUAGAGAGCAAUCUGGUAUACUACUAGCUACAUUUAUGCUAUUAUUUCUUUCUAAGCAAAUGGGCUAGAGGCCUAUUUUGUCGUUGUUGUUUUCUAAGCUGGUUUUCUUUUCUUUUUAUAAAGGAAAGGGUUGAGAGACAUUGGCCUGCAUAGGUCCUUCCAUGAUUUUGGCCCUGGCCAAACCAAUAAUUAACUUUUAUAAUUUUGUAUUUUAUUUCACCUUGUGUAAUCCUGCACUCCAUCACAUGGAAAGUUUUCCUCUUUAUAGUCUCUAUGCACUGAAGUUGCUUUUUGCCUUAGAAUUGGAUAAUCAGUUCCCUGUGAUAUAGUAGCCAAUUUGUAUGAUACUGCAUUAACAAUGUUCUGGGGAAUCUUGAUCAAAUUACAUGUAACUCUCCUAUUCAAUUUAUUGUUGAAUAGUUCUUUCAAGACACAUUAUUAGCUACAGCUUUUUAUACCAGUAUUGCAACAAAAAUCAGUUAGUUACAACUUGUGUUUCCCUUUAAAGUUGAUUUCCCACCCCAAGAAUCAAGGUCUCUAUGAUUGCUCUUUAGCAAAACAAUAACCUGUUUGGGAUCAGCAUUUUACUGAAGGAAGAGCCUGGUUUGCUGCUGCUAUAAUUUCUUAAUAUUGAGCUAAUGUUACAGUUAAAUAUUAACUGGAGAACCUUAGAGAUGGAAAUUUGAGUAUGAAUAUGGAAUUUUGGGAAUCAAUUUGUAGUGUAAAUAAUUGUAACCUUAAAUGAUGAGCUUUUACCCUUAUGUGUACAUUUUUGUUGUCCCGUAGCUUUUUUCUGAAUAUUAAAAAAAAAAUUCAAAUGUAUUUUUUAAAAAAUGCCUAUACGCAUGCCCCAAAGAUUGCCCAGCCCAUUGGAUAAAUAGUUCAAAGUCCAGCUCUUGUACUAAGAUAGUGUAUAUAUAUCCUUGCAGUUCUUAAUCAAUAUCUUGUUUAGCUUAGCAUUAUCACUAUAUAAACCAGCAAGUACUUAAUACUCUUUGUUCUGCUUCUGAAGUGUAGAGCAUGGAAAACAGAAUGGUCAUUAUACUGAGCCACUGGCAAUAAGAGAUGGGAGAAACAAUCAUGUUUUUUUGUAGAAGUUUAAACAGUUUAUCUACUUCUGUUUUAUUUGUAAUUACUCCAUUAUGGCAUAUCUGGUAUAGCUCCAGCUCUGGCAUAUGAGAUACAAAUUUGUUAGUAUUCCCUAAACCUUGUUCGGGUAAAAUUUUCCCGUGCCACUGGAUCCACAGUUUUAAAUUGCAUGGAUUUAAAUAUGGUGCUUCCUAGUCGCUGCAGAGAGUGCAAGUUUAGUUGCUUUAACACAGGGGUCAGCAAACUUUUUUGCGAGGGGGCCGGUUCAUUGUCCCCCAGUCCUUUUGGUGGGGCGGGCUGAGUGCGCAGGGUGGAGGGGGCUUCUCUCUCUCCCCCUCUCUCCCCCAGCCCUCCCCUCCCCCUGCCUACCUUCUCCGCCGCUCUGCCUGCCGUUGGGAGCCAGCGCCAGCGCCUCUCCUUUCUGUGCCAGCUUUCCCCAGGUGGGCGGUGAGGCUUCCUAUUAAAGCCCAGCCCCCUUCCUCCGCAGGGCAGGGAGAAGCCAGCAAGAGGGAGGGAGGAGGCGCCGGUGCUGUGUGCGUGAGGGAAGGAGGGGGGAAAUCGUGAAAAAAAUGGCAAUCACGCUGAUCCAAGUGACAACUCCAGAACCGUCCGCAGGCCGGAUCCAGAGGGCAAUUGGGCCUGAUCCGGUCCACGGACCUUAGUUUGCCCACCCCUGCUUUAACAGGUAAUAAUACCGUGGCAGCUCUCGACGAUCUCCCUUUAAGCACAGAAUGUAAGCCGGGCAAUGGGACAGGAAGCCACACCACAUUAAUACUGCCUGUGGAAACUUUGCAGAACUAAGACAGGAGCUUUAUCAUGACUCGUUUUCAACUAUUCAAACCAUUACCCCGUUUUCCUGUGGUUUGGACAGCAAUGGUAGGAACUCCAGUACUGUUCAACCUCUAAUGCAUAUUAGUGUAGACAGGCAGGAAUAGACCCACUCUUGGUGUAUACUAAGCAUGUGUAUUGUGUGUGCACUCUCUCUUUCUGCCAAGAGAGGCAAGUUAGAAUUUGCAAAAACCAUAGUAUGCUGCUAUAUUACUCUAAUGGAGAAGCACAGCAUCCUGCUUCGGCUGUCCCAGUAUGGGUGCUCUCUCUGUCUUUCAAAAGAAAACAGCACAGCUACACCAGACCUUUGUCUUUCUCCUACUGAUGCACUCUAGCUGCUGUUAGACACAAAAUGACGGGACAUUUCAGUAAAUGUAUUUAUUGAUUGUAUUUACUUUGUGUGUGUCCCCCCCCCCCAUUUCCUUUUGGCUUAGGUUGCCUUGGAGACACACAAUUUUGUUUUAGAUUUCGACAGUCUUCUAGCAGAAAGCUUUCAUGGCAUUGUCUACUGGACCAGUUUGACAGAGACCUACCCAUUUACUUGAAGGUUGGGAAAGUAGCUUAUCUUCACUUGGCCAAACAUUAUACUGUAGUGUUUUUCUGUAACUGGCAAGCAAGUAUUGCAUUGAUACUUCAUAAUGAAAUUGUGAGGUCCAUUCUGAAACUUGUUCUUCAAGAGGCACCGCUCAGCAAAUAGCUGGUGGUGUACUGAGUCAUGUAACUUCUAAUGAUCAACAUAUUAUUUCUGGUGGCAUGGAAAUAUUAACUAUUAUAGCAUAUUUAAUCUUCCGCAAAUACUUCCAUCCUUUGGAAAUUUGUUUUCAGUGUUCCUAUGUACAGUGUUUUCAAAUGUUCUGUUUUGGGGAAACCCUUACUUUGUCAGUUUGUCUGCCAAAUAAUUCCUGAUUAUUGCAGAGGAGUAUCUAUGGUGAACAUUCAGUUGUGUAUCAGUUGACCAUAAAGCAGCAAUGGGGAACCUGUGAUCCUCCAGACAUUGCUGGACUCCAACUCCCGUUAUCUCUGAGUAUUGGUUAUGCUGGCUGGGGCUGAAGGGCCACAGGUUUCCUAUACAUGCCCUAGAAUACAUUCAGCACACCCCUAUGGUUGGCAAAAUGCAGAGGGUUCCAGGAACACCAAAUUGUAAACCAUUACUGUUUACUAUUGGUAUCCUAUUCAAGCCUUUAAGAGAAUUUAAAUCUCAGUAGUUUGAAUGAUUAGUAUAUUUAUUUGAAAGUUUAUUUUAUUUUAAAUAUAGUUAGAAUCACAGCCCAAGUUAGAUGGAGGCAUUUUUUAUUUCAUAGCAGGCUUGCUUUUAUUUGCCUCCUUUCUGUGUUCAGAUUCCUAGAUAUAAAAAUAUAGCUAAACUAUGCAAAGAUUUUUUCAACAAUCUCGGAAAACAUUUGCUUCUAAGUUAUAACAAUGGAUUUUCUUACCUUUCAUAUUCAGAUGAGUUGAAGACUUAAGUAUUUUUACAGUGCCAUAUAUAGCAUUAAGCAAAAUGAAAUAUGAAAACUGAUUCUCUUAUGAGAAGGAGGCUUAUUCUCAUUUUAUUUUUGUACAUAAUUGACUCAUCCCUAAAGUUGAAAUAUUGCUCAGAAAGUAUAAAGUAUUAUGGAAUGUAUUUGUUUUUUAAAAACAGUAAAGGUUUUGGUUUCUUUACAGAAGGAUCCUGCAUAUUAUUAUGGUUAUGUAUAUUUCAGACAAGUACAAGACAAAACCUUAAAAAGAGGCUACUUCCAGAAGGUAAUCUAGUUUUGGAAAGAAAUAAGUUCUGUUGAAAUCCUAUAAUGUGUUUAAGAAUGAGAGGUGAAUGCCCUUAGUCUUGGCUGUUAAUUUUCAGACUAAAACCAGCAUGUAUAAAUGCAAAGUAAUAUAUCCAAUGUACAGUCUUGGAGAUAAGUAAGUAAAGGAAUCAUUGGAUUACAAAUUGUGUAGUUGAUUCGCUGGAUUUACUGUUGACAAUCUGGUUUAUUUCCAUAUUUGCUUUUUGGCCCGCCCACCCCCAAUGCAGUGAACAACAUAUUUAAUCUCUCCCUUUUUUAGAUCUAGUUAUGCACAAGUUUCCAAAUGCAUGUUAGUAGAAAAACCUUGAACCCCCAGGGGGAAACACGGGGCAGGGGGAUAUUGCAACUUGACAUGGGGGACAGUGGCAUUGCAAGGGGGGGCCGUGCGCCCUGGGUGCCAUGUCUAGGGGGGUGACAAGAAGACACCCCGCGGGCAGAGGAUCCUGCCACUGUCCGUGUGGUUUUCGAGUGGCACCAGCGGCAAACCGCUACAUACAACGCAUGUGCGGUGUUGCACGCAUGUGCUGUAUGUAGCGACGCCGCACAUGCGUUGUACGUAGUGGUUUGCCGCUGGCGCCGCCCCGAGCACCGUAUGGACAGUGGUGGGAUCCCUCCGCCACUGCUGCAGCUGCAAGCAUAGGAUCCCGCUACCAUCCAUACGGCGCUGGCAGCAAACUGCUACAUACGUCGUACGUAGCCACGCCACGCAUGCGUCGUACAUAGUGGCACAACGCAUGUGCAGCCAGCGGUUUGCCCCACCCCGGGUGUUGGUUAGCCUUUGUUCGCCCCUGAUGGGGGAUUGGUAAACAGGGAGAGAUUAGCACCCAUCCCUGCUGAUGCUUUGCUCAAAAUCACAGUCUUCCCAGUUUGCCCCAUGGACUUUCUCUGCAUUUAAGACAUUGUCACAUAUUAGGUGCAUCAUGUAGGUUAGGAACAAUGUUACUGCUUGUAGCAGAAUAAAAAAUAACAGCUAAUUAUAGGCAUUAUAAGUAUUUAGUGAGGAACUGAUGCUUAAUUUAUAACUCUAAAUGCCAGUACUGGCUUGAGGAAAGAUUAAUUUCAGAUUAUUUUCUUUCUCCUGUACUAGUCCUUGGUUCUGAUCAGCAAGCUGCCUUAUAGCCACAUUUUUCACACUGUGCUUGGAAAAAUUGCACCUGAAUAUUUUGAAAAAAACGAACCUUUCUUGGAAGCAGGUUGGUAAUAUUGUUGCAAAUUACAGUUAACUGCACAUUUGUGCCAUUCUGGGGACCUUUUAAAGUUGCAGUGCACUAUGAAUAUAUGACAUUCAGAUGGGGGGGGGGGGGAUGCAGCCGAGAAGAUCAGUAGGUUGGAAGGUGUUUAUUCAUGUGUGGGUUGCCAGUUUGCCCGCUGAGAAGCCAUAUGGCAUAACAGAAGCUGUAGCCUUGGUCAGGGUGGGUUGUUGGUAGGUCUCAUAAACCACAAAUCUUAAGAGAUAUUUGUUAAGAGAGGGUUUGUUGUUGUUUUUACAUGCAAAUCCUAUUGCUUUAUUAUUAUUUUUCAGCUUGUAGCGAUAUUGAUCGAUGGCCACCACCAGUCCCAGGAAAAACCUUACAUUUGCCUAUUAUGGGCAUUGUAAUGAAGGUAAUGCUGAGCCUCUUCCCUUCUUGUUUGCUGUAUGAAUUCAUGCUGUGGCUUUGUAACAAUGCAAUGAACAUAUUUCAAAACCGUAGUCCCUGUAUGUUUGCGUUGAUUUUAUGCUUGUGAGGUUCACAUAAUGGGUAGGAGCAGAGGGUGUAUUUGAAUAGAAGGGAUAUGUAUGAAAAUUCUGGUAUUCUAGAACUUGAAUUUCCCCCAUCAUAUUUAGACUUGUCAGCAUGUGUUUCUUUAUUCUCCUGAAGCUGGAUUAUUUCAGUUGGAGUAAUUUAAACAUGUAAUUUACACUGACCUAUUGAAAUCCAUAUUACUGAAGAGUAUUUAUUUAGAUCAGGCCUGUAGCUGCACUCAUGAAAUGGACAUUGUGUUAGUAUUUACUUAAUUUACUUCUGUGUUUUUUAAAAUUAACAUCUCUGUUAUUGCUCUUAAGUAAUUAAUAGUGGCUUCAGUAUGUCUCCCUGUUUGUUUUUUGCAUAAUUUCUUUGAAGACUUCAGAUGUUCACAGGGCUAGUACCCAUAGGUUGGGAUGUUGAGAUUGACACAAUGGUUUUUAGGGAAGAAUAUUUUAGUUUGUUUGUUACAAUGCUACACAUUUUUGUGUUUUUAUAUUGUAAACCACCCUGUGAUCCUUGGAUGAAGGGUCAUAUCAAAAUUGAAUAAAAAACAUUAAUAAUAAAUAUUUGUACCAAUAUAAUUCUAGCUAAGUAUUGCUUUCAGAAGUGGCUGAUGCCUCUUAGCAUAUUAGGUUAUUUGUAUUAUUCUUAAUAAUAAAUGAAGCAUAUAAUAUCUGUUUCCUAAGGUGCGGAUUCCUACCUGCCACGACAAUCCUGGAACAACCCAAGUAUUACAGUCCACACAGCAGGUAGUGAAUGGUUCACCUGCCACUUAAAUACUCCAUCAAAACAAGGGGCUGACUUUCAAAUGUUAUUUCCAGACCUUAAGUAUAAGGGAAUGUGUGUUCUGUAAAUGAGGACUAGCUGUAGAGUUGCAAGUACAAAACUGUAGCGUAGGAAUUGGAAAGUGGAAAUCUGCACAAACAUUUUUUGCAAACAUAGAUUAGAUUCCAUAAGCUUUUCUGUCUGUUAAAACUGAAGCAUAGUACAGCUUGCCUCCAAGCCCUGUGUCUUAAUUUAAUCCUUAAUACCUUAAGAAGUUAUUUGAAGCCCCUUUAAAACAUAAAACUCAUAUAUUAACAUAUCAUCCCUCCAGCACAGGCUUGGUCUGUAGACCUUGGUCUGUAGCCAGUGGCUAAUUGAGGCCCUCUAAGCCUCCCUAUCUGGCUCUUAUGACUCUUCCCAUACUCCUCCCUGGCCCUGUUGGUUUUUUCCCCCUUGCUCAAAAGUUUCAUUGACCUCUGAGAAGGCCUUUGGCAUGCCUGGAUGGGAAAUACGAGGGAUGUGUGCAGGAAGUAGCCUACUUUAGAAAAGUAAGGUGUGCUUUUCUACCAUAGCUGUAAUGAUGUAGAAUGAGGGGUGAGUAGUUGAGGUAACCAUGUUUGCUGACAAUACCAAAUUGUUCAGGGUAGUUAAACCAAAAAGGGAUUGUGGAGAGUUCUAGAAGGAUCUCUCCAAACUGUGUGGGUAGGCCAUAAAAUGGCAAAUAAAAUACAGUGUAAGCAAGUAUAAAGUGAUGUACACUGGAUUUUAAAAAUGUUAAUUGCACCUAUAUAUGUUCAUGGAACAUAUGGAACACCAGUUCAUGAAACUGGUGGCGAAUGACCAAUAACGAAACCUUGGGGUUAUAAGUAGAUAGCCCAUUGAAAAUGUUGACCCAGUGAGCAGCAGUUGUGAAACCCUGUUCAGGGUAUCAAUUGAAAUAUUCACUGAGAAAAAAGUAACUCUGAGAAUGUUAGUCACUGUAGGCAACAGGCAGAGAAGUCCAACCCCCCUUUACUUCAGAUUGGGAGGAUGGAAUGAGCGGAGGUAUCUUUCUGCCCAGCUCUCCUGGCUAAGCCUCCUGCUAGCCACUGAACAUUUAGGUGGGAAGUACCAGUGGGAACCAGCCAAAGCCCCCAAAUGGAGUGGGUCUGGGCCAAGCUACCUGCUAUCGUGCUCCAGGCUGGCACAAUGUUCUUACUGCCUGCCCCAUGCCUUCCUCCCAAGCUGCCAUGAAUGGUAGACUGUGGAUGUAGCAGGGUCCCUGAUGCUCCAUAAAGCCCUGCUGGCUGGGAGCGGGUGGGUAGGUGAGGAAAUCUUAAGACAGCAGCCAUAAGAGAGCAGGGCCAAUCAAGACUUUUGCGAUAUACUUAGUAAGAGAGUUCAUCAUCAUUUUAAAAGUAGCACAGUACACCCGGCCUUUUAUUGCAUGAUCUGCUGCUAAUUUGACCAAAAGCUUUUUGUUUUGCUUUUAGACAGACACACAGGUCUCCAUUGCGUUGCCUACUGUCCAUGAAGUUGAUCUCUUCAGGUAAAAACUGAAAGGCAUAUUGGCUUAAUCUUUCUGAAGUCCUGAAGCUGUUGUACCCCAUCAAAGAGAGUUUCAAACACUGUGGGUUUUAAUCACUGCCUAGCAAAUGGAUAUUGAGCAUAAGCAAGGCAUUGUUGGUAAUCUAGAGCAUACAAAAGGAGGGAUUGUUUAUAAACGUUGUGGCAAUUAAUUUAACUAUUAUUAAUAUGCCUACAAAUAUGUAUACACUUACCUGGGAGUAAGUGUCAUUUAAUCCGGUGGGGCUUAUUUCUGAGGAGACAUGUUAUGUUGGUGUUCUCAGUCUCUCUGUUGAGUGCAUUGAGAACACAGAUUUUCAUUACUCCUUUAAUAUAAGCUCUGCCAUUUCUCAGGGAUACAGUUUGCAAGAGUGUAAAGGGAGAAAGUACUCAUAUUCUUCUUGCCGCUGGGCCACGCUCCUGCAGCCCUGUCCAAAUAUCUUAGCACCUUUAUGCUCUCUUUAUAGCAGGUGCAACACAGUGUAAUAAUUAUGUAUUUGGCCACCACAUAACCUGGCCAAAGCUGGACAGCUGUAGUUGUAUGGCCUCUGGCUGUAGAUCUAUCCACACUUCAUAUUUGCGGCUUUCCUGUCCCUCACUUUUUACACCCUUCAAUAAGCCUCAACGGCCAGGCAUAUCUAAGACUCUCAAGAUGGUUGUGAGCCAAGGUCACAUUUUCAGUUGCAUGUUUCUCCCCGCCUCUCUUUUUUGCUUUUCUUUUUCUUUGCUCCCGCUCUCUCUGCUAUAACUAGAGAGAAAAUGAAGAAGAAAAGACUAUUCUUGUAAAUCUGUUUCAGAUGUUUCUUGCCAGUGUUCUUUCACAUCCAGAUGCUAUGGGAGCUCGUGUUGUUAGGGGAACCGCUUGUUGUCAUGGCACCAUCACCAUCGGAGUCUUCAGAAACCGUUUUGGCACUUGUAAGGUAAACAUAUGGAGGAGUCGAAAAAGCUGCAUGACUGUGAUCUCACCAUGAGUCACAGAAUGUGAAGGCUCUAGCAGAAUCCUAGGAAUGGCUUGGUUUUCAUUAAAAAUGACAACACCCCUGCGAAACUGAAGAAAAGUUUUGAAAAGCAUGCAAAACCGUAAUACUUUGGGGGGGGGUUAUUGCUGAUAGUCUGAGAAGAGUCUUCGCAGAGGUUCCAGCCUCACCCUCUGCCUUUUUAGUGACCCAGAAUGGUUCUUGUUUUCCAAGGCACUUAAAAGGAAACCACAAAUUGUGCAAACCCCAAACCUUCAGGAAACACCUGCUACCCUACUUGCACAAGCUGAUGUAAUUUGCAUUAUCUUUUAAGCAUGGAAUGUGGAUUAAAUAAUAAUUACCGUGAUUUUUUCUGAGAAGUUAAUAUUAUCAAAUGCUACAAAAUAAUGAGUGAUAUCCAACAUUGUGUGACUGGAAGUGCUGGACUUUCCUCCAUGUGUGCCCCCAAAGUGGUGUAGUGGUUAAGAGCGGUAGUCUCAUAAUCUGGGGAACCGGGUUCGCAUCUCCGCUCCUCCACAUGCAGCUGCUGGGUGACCUUGGGCCAGUCACACUUCUUUGAAGUCUCUCAGCCCCACUCACCUCACAGAGUGUUUGUUGUGGGGGAGGAAGGGAAAGGAGAAUGUUAGCCGCUUUGAGACUCCUGAAGGGGAGUGAAAGGCAGGAUAUCAUAUCCAAACUCUUCUUCUUGAGCAUUCCCCAACCCUCCAGACCAGAUUUAUGGGGCAUUGGAGGUGUCUACAUGAGGAAGGAAGUACUGUUGUGCAAGCAGAAAUGUGUUCUCCCUGUGGAUAGACACAAUUGGAUGUCAGAAGGACAUGGGUUGUGUUUCACCACCAGUAUUGGAUGGAACUGACCCCAUGUACCGGGGCUUAAGCCUCUCUGAAACCAAUAGGACAGAUUACCAUAACUUCAAGUGGUGGAGACUUGGAGUUAAUCCCCUAAAAAUUUUGUUGAUGUCUUUUUAAUUUUAAACAAAUACCUUUAUUUUCAAGUACAGUGGUACCUCUGGUUACGAACUUAAUUCGUUCCGGAGGUCCGUUCUUAACCCGAAACCGUUCUUAACCUGAGGUGUGCUUUCGCUAAUGGGGUCUCCCUCUGGUGCACAAUUUCUGCUCACAUCCUGGGGCAAAAUUUGCAACCAGGAGCAGCUACUUCCGGGUUAGCGGAGUUCAUAACCUGAAGCGUGUGUAACCAGAAGCAUGAGUAACCAGAGGUACCACUGUACUUCACUUUAAAAUAAAUGAAGUGUAUAAAAUAAGCGAAGUGUUCGAAGCAGCUUACAAACACUUCGAAAAUAGAAUCAAAUUAAUAGCAAGUGGGACUCAGGACAAAAUGUUUUAGUGUGGAGAGUUCCUGUUCAGGGUUUCAGCGAACCAGCUGUGCUUUUUUCUUUGACACUCCAUUCAUCCCUUCCCCCAGCACUCAUUUAGUCUGCUGAUACUUCUAACUAGUAUGCUAUUUUGGCCACAUAAGGAUCUACAUUUGGAAAAUAUGUUCUCUAUUAGGAUAAAGGUAACAGUUCAGUAGCAUGUAUUUUGAAAGACAGUAGUAAAAUAGCAACAAUGUAGCAAAAUUUAUCUGUAAGAACCCAAGAGAGUUUCUUUUUUUUAUCUAAUGGACAAUGUCAACACCAAGCUGACAUCCCUGGGUUGGGGAUGUUCCAAAAUCAUGGAAAAGACCCUGUCUCCAAUUGAUAAUUUACAGAGUAAAUUUAUAAUAAUCUCUCUCUUUCCACUCACACACUUUUCUUCUGUGUGUCUGUUUCACAGCUGUAUCUCACCUCUGAAGUACUAUAGUGAUUUUAGGCCUUAUUUUACAAUACAUGACAGUGAAUUCAAAGAAUAUACCACUCGUACUCAGACCCCGUAAGUAAAAUGGAUUAUACAGUUUUGAUAUUUAGACUCAUCAUUUAAUCAUAACUCUUGACUUUAAAGGAUCCGUGUAGACUAGGGACCUUAGCCUAGGAAGCUUUAACAAAAGCCCUGCCCUUCAGUUUUCUAACAGUGCAGGCCACAGUCAACUGUUUUAAUGGAGUCUCGUGUUGAGAGAUGGAAAAUACAGUGGUACCUCGCAAGACGAAUGCCUCACAAGACGAAAAAUGCGCAAGACGAAAGAGUUUUCCGUUUUUUGAGACGUUCCGCAAGACAAAUUUCCCUAUGGGCUUGCUUCGCAAGACGAAACGUCUUGCGAGUUCUUGCGAGUUUGUUUCCUUUUCUUAAAGCCGCUAAGCCGUUAAUAGCCGCUAAGCCGCUAAUAGCCGUGCUUCGCAAGACGAAAAAACCGCAAGACGAAGAGACUCGCGGAACGGAUUAAUUUCGUCUUGCGAGGCACCACUGUAGAAAGCAGCUGAUGUUUUGAUAUAUUCCAGUAUAUAGAGUUUUAACUUGUACUAAUACAAAUUCUGAUUACAGGACUGUUAAGACAUCCUCCUAGUCAGAAUAAACAUUUCUUAAAUCUAGUAAGAUCCUAUAUGGUAAUAAUAGGAAAAAUAACACCUAAGAGUGAGAAUUGCAAAGGACUCUAGAAAUAAAUUCUGGGAAAACAGGUUGCCCCUUAACACAAUAUUGUCAAGAAAGUAAUGCCAUCCCAUAAAAAAAGAUUCAAGUAUGUUUUGUCUUUCUUUUUUAAAAGAAGCAUUGUAAUUUUACAUUAUGUCAUAUUUUCUUGUAGAACAUUGUGGACCUGAAGGUUUUUUUUUCCCCUUUAGCAGCUUUGUUGAUUACUGUUAAUAAUUGUCAAAUGAUUGUAUAUAUUUUAAAUAAAUAAAUUUGCAGUUAGGGACCUGCUUUGAAAAGAAUAUCCUAUAUGGUAUACCAGAAUUCCUAUGUAUGGGUGACAUUCAACUAGUUUUACGCAGAGUGGACCUAUUGAAAUUAAUGAAAAUUAAUUAAUUAGUCCUUCCUCUUCCCCCUUGCACCAAUGAAAGGAGCUUUCCUCUUCAUGGAAAGGCUACUGUAGAUCCAAGCCUUAGUCUUCAGUUCAUCACGAGGCUAAUAUUGGUGUUUUCUACAACAGACUAUCCAGGCUGCUUCUCUGGAAUGUGGUUACUUUAAAUCUAUGCAGAGGUUAUUGAUCUUAUUGAUAAUCUUCCAUAUUUCAGGCCUUCUGUCAUAUUAGGAGUGACGAAUCCAUUUUUUGCUAAAACUCUGCAACACUGGCCACACAUCAUCCGAAUAGGAGAUAUUAAACUGUCAGGUAAUUUUUUUAAUUGACUGAAGAUUUCUUCUGCAGUGUACAGAGUAUUACAAGUUACUGUCUUUCCUCCUUUAGCUUAGUUAAAUGUGAACAAAAUAUGAAAUAAUAGGGGCAUUAUUGUUAAGAAGUAGAGAGGUGGUUUCGAUUUAAUGAAAAUCUACAGGCUGGUUUUGCCUCUUCAGUUGACUCAAGUCACUUUAUAGAUUAGACUUUGCAAAAACUGAACUGGAAUAGGUAUAAGUAGUGAUAGGAAAAAAAUAUGCAAAGUACUAUCUUUCAUAACGUAUUUCCAACUUUUUUGAAAUGUGAUGAAGUGUACAUUUAAACCAACAAAACUCUGCAUGAAGCUGAAUAAAUAUGUUUUCAUCUAUGAAAAUAUUUUGUAAGCUUGGCUGUUUACAAAAUUGUAUUAAACUUAUGUUUUACAUGGUUACACCAAAAGAUGUGCAACAACCUCUUGGAUGAACAUGCCCAGGGCUCUUCAGAUCUUAGUAACUGAGUGAUUAUACUCACAGUGUCUCUUCCUUCAUUUUGGCAGGUGAAGUACCAAAGCAGGUGAAAGUGAAAAAGCUAAAGAACUUAAAGACUUUGGAUUCUAAGCCUGGUAAUGUUUCAUCACUAUAACCUACUAUUUGCAGAAUAUUGUUAUGGGCCAAAACCAGAGGACAAUCCCAUGGUGGUUGUUUUUCUCCCCAUAGGUGUUUAUACAUCUUAUAAGUCAUACUUGAACAGAGAUGAAGAAAUCAUCAAGCAGUUACAAAAGGUAAUUUUAGACUUGUAGUUGAACUAUAUGAAUGCACUCAUAGUAUCAAGUCUGUUAAAUAUUAGAUACCCUUAUCAACAGUGUAUUGCUAUAGCUUGAGGUUCUCCUCGUUUACUGUGAUUGCCUUUUUUAGGGAGUACAGCAGAAGCGUCCCGGAGAAGCUCAAAGCAUAAUCCUUCGUCGUUAUUUUUUGGAACUGACCCAGAGCUUCAUUAUCCCUCUAGUAAGCUGCUAUGUCUAUGACACUUCUAUACUGAACAAUGAACAUAACCAAGGCUUUGUAAUCUAAACCUUUAAGAAGCUAAAAUAAAGUUAAUAAUCUGAAGAGUAGUCACAGUGGGUUCUGAGGCCAGCUUUUGAACAGCCAUCAGAAAAUGCUUAAGAAAUGUAAUAAUAUGGAUUUGCCAAACGCAGAGAUUCAACAUCAUUAUUUUUGUAUCUAUUUGUUGUUCUAGGAACGAUACGUAGCAAGCCUGAUGCCUCUGCAAAAGAGCAUAUCACCUUGGAAGGUGAAAAUUCAUUGAUAACCUAAAUAUUCAUUUUGUGAAUAGCUGCCGGCUUCUGUCCUUAUAGCUGUGUUUCUCUCAUAGAGCCCGCCACAGUUGAAGCCAUUCAACCAAGAGGAAUUUAUGAAAACUCUUGAGAAAGCAGGGCCUCAGCUCACCUCUAGAUUAAAAGGAGACUGGAUAGGACUCUACAGGUAAUUCUGUUUUAUACCUUGACUAUUGCUAAGAUUACAGCCUGAGAGACAUCCAAAUUUCGUGUUAAAAAUAUUUUGGAAGCAGCAAAACAACAACAACAAACAACCCUUGCCUCUAAUGCUAAUUGAACUACUUUGUAAAAUAAUGUUAUGGUUGUUGCCCCUUUUCUCUUACAGGAAUUUAUAAAUAUGUUUAACUUGUUGUUCACAUUAGUAGAGUCUUAUAUAUCAGUGGAUUUUCAUGACUAAUUGAUCAACAGUUGGCUACCAGGCUAAGUUCAAAGUGUUAGUACUGAUGUACAAAGCCUUAUGUAUUGUUUGUUUUUAAAUUGCUUGUUUUGUGGGAAGCAGUUUAUAAAUGAAAUAAUAAAGAAACCUUUUUGAGCUGAAGCAAGAAGAAUAGUAUACAGUAUUCCAAGUGUGGUCGCACUAUAGAUUUGUAUAAUGGCAUUAUGAUAGUGAUAGAUGCAUGAUAUAGCAUGGAUUUAAUCUUUUUUUCCCAACUGCUGGGUCAACCCCAAGGUGUUAUUGCUGGUAAAUCACCACCAUUUCAGAACCCCUGAGCAUAUACAGUAUGUGAAAAAAUUUGUUGUAGUGCUGUGCAUCAUUUUACACUUGUUUACAUUGUGUUACAUUUGUUAUUUUACCACCCAAUUCACUCAGUUUGGAGAGGUCCUUUUGGGGACUCCACUUUCUACAUUAUUAUUAUUUAUUGAGUUUAUAUACCACCCUAUACCCGGAGGUCUCAGGGCGGUUCACAGAAAACGUAACAACAUAUAAAUCAGAAUAAAAACAACAACCCGAUAACACUCCCCCAUUCAGAGAACUGUCCAUUUAAACCUACUCUCUGCUGCCUACUUCUCCAAACCUGAUCCAUAAGUGAACUGCUCCUCUUAUUCCAUAACUGUUAACCUCACUCAGGAGUCUUUAGCGAGAUACCUUGUCGAAAGUUUUUUGAAAGUACGUUAUGUCAACCUCUAGCCAUAUGCUUGGCAGAGCAAUCUUGUAACUUUGAUUUCGGAGUGUCACCUUGUUCCACUAGUAGAACUAAUUUCCCCUUUGUCUUAAAGGCAUUUUUUGAAAUCGUACAACUUUGACGGCUGGUUCAGAACUCGGCGGAAAGAAAUGACACAGAAGCUGGAGGCAUUGCACUUAGAAGCACUAUGUAAUGAGGUCAGGAAAAACUGCUUUGCUUUAAGCUUUUUCUUCCUUGUCUUCUCUGUAGAAAUAAAAAGCAUAAUUUGUCCUUGAAAACCCAAUUUAAAUGGUAUAGCCAGUGAGGGCAUUUCCACACUUUUCAUUUGCCCUGUGCCUAGAAAGCAUGGGCCCCAAGGAGUUUUCCCCUUGCCCUACUCCUUUCCCAGGAAAAACCUACUAUUUAGCUCUAAAUUAUGAGCAAACAGCAAGCUGGAGAAAACCCAAAUACCUGUUUGCUCCGAUGGAGCACUAAGGAGCAGCUUCCCCUGGGGGAAAGUAGUGGAACAAGAGGAAGUGUGGAUAAGCCCUGAUUAGAGUAGCAUUUGUUAAUGGCUGGGAUCCAAAGGGCUAUGCAUAUUCUCCCUUAUGUACAUUGGGUCUUUUCAGCUGCUGUUUUCUAUCUUGAGUUCUAUGUGCCCUCUGAAAUUCUCUCCAAAGUCAAGGGACCCUUGGGAGAUCAGCACUGCCUUAGGUAUAGGGGCUACCACUCAAUAAAGUGGGCAUUUAAGACAUUUCCUAAAGCUCCAAUGAUAAAAGUCCCCCCCCCCCAUGCUUUCAUUGUAAAGAAAUUAACUGAAUCUGAUUUUUGAACAUAUUCUUCUGAUAGGAUUUGCUUUUCUGGAGUCAGAAGCAUACUGAAGUGGAAACAGUGGAUUUAGUUUUGAAAUUAAAGGAUAAAGUGGUAGGUAGACAAAUUGGUGGGUAAAUGUAUUCAACGUACUAUUCGUCCAUUAUCAGUACUUUGUGUUAUGUUUCAUUCUUACUAGUCUAGUCAAGUAUCAUCUACUCCAUCAGAGCUUGAAUUCACUAAGGAGAGGUUUCCAUCUCCCCCACAGUCUCAUUGCUUAGCUUGUACUUGUCGUACUGGACCUGUCCCUAAGACCUGCUGGAAUGCUCAAUCGCCUCAUUUUUUGAGUACUAUUAUUAGGGGGAAGAGUAGUGAUUUUAAAGAAGCUCCAUUAUUUGGUUUCUCUAGGAGAAAGGACAAAGCUACGGAGCAUGAUUAUCAAGCCUCUCUAAAGGCCCAACAUAAUUCUUCAUCUUUAAUCACAAGGAUACUCAGGAGACCUCUAGAGCAGAUUCUCAGUCCUAUGGGAAGAGCUAGUCUUACUUGACUUCUGUCUUAACUGGGCAAUGGAAAUAGCUUAUAAUUAAGAUACUACAACCCCCUCUGUCAGAAAACAUUUAACGUGAAUGUUCUUCCUCUUCUUCUCAGAAGAAAACCUGCACAGCAGCCAAAGUGAUUCUAGGGAAAUCCAGCACACAGCUAUCGUUUACUGUGCAUGCUUUCCACUCCUGACCAGAAAAGGGUGGGAGGUAGCAGGUUGAGCACCGAUAAGCUUUCUCUGCUGAGUUUCUUGGCUAGACUGGAAGGAUGUGGGUUGCAAUAGUCCAUAUCCUAGGUUCAUUCUCUCUCUUAUUUAGCACUGUUACUCCCUUUUUAUUGCUGGCUUUGUCAUGUGUCUACUUAAGCCCCCCUUUUUGAGGCGGCUUCCUUGCAUGUUCUCCAUGGGCACACUUGUUGCUUUCCAGCAGAUCUAGGUAGCCAUUCCUUUGGUAGCUUGCAUUAUAAAGGUACAUCAUUACUAUACUUCCAACAUUUCCCUACCUGCAGCUUUACUUGAGAUUGAAGAAAGUUGCUUGCAGAAUAUGCUUUCUUGAUAGUAAAUCCCUCUGGUGGUCGCACGUAGUUACUGAAGAGAACUGCAUUUACAAACAUUCUUAGAGAAUACUUGGUAGCUGUGUUUUCCAUUAAAUUUUAUUUAAAUCUGCUAUCACUUCUGUUCAGUGUGAGAGACCACUUCAACCAAAGGUUGAUUUUAAAUAAGAACAUAGGAAAUUUCCUUAUGUCAAGUCGGACCAUUGGUCUGUCUAGCUCAUUGGUCUGUCUAGCACACUGACCAGCUGUGGUUCUGCAGCAUUUCAGAGGAAUCUUUCCCUAGCCCUACCUGGACAUGCCAGGGAUUGAACCUGUGACCUUCUAUAUGUAAAUUCUCCUUUAAAAACUGGAAGAAUAAUGAAAGCUUAUCUGUAAACAAAAAGCCAAAUCAACAGAUGGCAGCCAAGGGUAUGCCCUAAGAGAAGGUUCCAGCUACAGUGAGCUCAGUUUGUAUGAAUCCUGAAUGUACUGAGGCCCUUUUAGUCUCAAUUACACAUGAGCCACUUCAUGUCUCUUUUUGGAUGCUUGCACUAAUAUUUCGCCAAUGUGUGUAUUUUCCUGAUUCUUCUGUCAUGCUUGUUUUCAUAAAUGCUGACUUCUUAUGGAUUCUUUUAAGAUGACCAUGGGUUUUUAAUUGCAAUUUCUGUGGUUAUAGGCUGAUGGAGAAAACUUACCUGUGAAACCAGGCACUGUGGAAAAGUUACAGAUGCACAUUGAUUCAAUUAUUCUUGCACUGCCAGAAGAUUUACAGGGUAUACUCAUCAAAACGGGCUCAACGUGA